AAAAAAAAGUUGGGAAAACCAAACCCUCAGUCGCUGUGUCACUUGUUGAUUCAUUCUUACAUCCCACACCCCAUAGCCGUCCGAUGAAUUAGGAACAAAAAACAACGAUUAACAGAAUCCUUCCCUUCCAGGCGUCACAUUCUUCCAAUUCCAUCAUUCAUCACUCUCUUCCCUCUCUUUUUUCCCCCAAUUUUUUAUUUUAUUUUAUAAUUACCGACAAAAAAAUCAGAAAUGGAAUUGGCAAUGAAGGUAGGUGAAGCAGUUCAUGUGCUGAACCACGAUACACAAUCCUGCAACCGCGUCGCAGCAAAUCAAUGGCUCGUUCAGUUUCAACAAACUCACGCCGCUUGGGAUGUCGCCACCAAUAUCCUCACCUCCGAUCGCCGCCACGCCUCCAAUUUCGAACUCGAAUUCUUCGCCGCUCAGAUUCUCAAACGCAAGAUACAAAACGAAGGUUAUCUACUGCAAUCAGGACCUAAGGACGCUUUGUUAAAUGCACUUCUUCUUGCCGUCAAAAGAUUUAGUAGUGGUCCUCCACAGCUUUUAACACAAAUCUGUCUUGCACUCUCUGCACUCGUACUCCAAGUUGUUGCACAUGGAAACCCAAUUGAGCAGCUUUUUUACAGUCUCCGGAAUCUGCAGAGUGAAGAGAAUGGCAAUAUUGCUGUCCUGGAGAUGCUCACUGUGCUGCCGGAGGAAGUUGUUGACAACCAACGUAUUGAUUCUAAAAUUAAUUCGUUACACAUAAGCCACUAUACCCAAGAGCUUCUCUCUCACACACCUAUGGUUCUCGAGUUCCUGCUGCGGCAAUCUGAAAUAAAUUUUGAUGGUGCAGUACAACAUAAUGAAAGGAACAGAAAAGUUUUGCGCUGCUUGUUGAGCUGGGUUAGAGCUGGUUGCUUCUCUGAAAUUUCUCCAGGAACAUUGGCAGCUCACCCACUUCUUAAUUUUGUAUUUAACUCAUUGCAGGAUUCUACAUCAUUUGAUCUUGCCAUUGAAGUUCUUGUUGAGCUUGUGACUAAACACGAGGGAGUGCCCCAAAUUUUGCUAUGCAGAGUACAUUAUCUGAAGGAGGUACUUCUUUUUCCAGCUCUUAAUAGGGGAGACAUGAAAGUAAUUGGUGGCCUUGCAUGCUUGUUAUCAGAAAUUGGGCAAGCUGCUCCAUCUCUAAUUGUAGAAGCAAGUGCAGAAUCCCUUGCAGUGACAGAUGCACUCUUGAGCUGUGUGGCAUUUCCAAGUGAAGAUUGGGAGAUUGCAGACUCAACACUACAGUUUUGGUCCACUCUUGCAAGCUAUAUACUUGCUAUUGAUGUAGAUGGUGCAAAAAGAAAACACACAGAAGCCAUUUUUUCACCCGUGUUCUCAGCAUUACUUGAUUCGCUGUUAUUACGUUCUCAGGUGGAUGAUUCUACAUACAAUGAUGAAGGAAGAGUGAUCGAUUUGCCUGAUGGCCUCGUACAUUUCAGAAUGAACCUAGUAGAACUUUUGGUGGAUAUAUGUCACCUGUUAGGAUCUAUGAUAUUUACGCAAAAGAUCUUUAUAGGCGGGUCCGCAUCUUCGAAUCUAUCACUCCCUUGGAAAGAAAUGGAAAGCAAGUUAUUUGCUCUUAAUUCUGCUGCCGAUGUAAUCAUACAGGAUGGCCAACAUUUCGAUUUCUCUGCAGUCAUGCAGUUGGUGACAAUGUUAUCGAGUAAGCCUUCUGAUGGCUUAAAGGGUUUCAUUUGCAUUGUAUACAGAUCUCUAGCGGAUACUAUCGGUUCUUAUUCCAAGUGGAUAUCUGCCUUUAAGGAUAAUUUUAGACCCUUGCUAUUAUUCCUUGCUAUUGGGAUUUCUGAACCUCUUUCUUCAAAUGCUUGUGCGUCUGCUCUGCGCAAAGUCUGUGAAGAUGCUCCUGUAGUAAUUUAUGAACCUUCACAUUUGGAAAUCUUAAUGUGGAUAGGAGAGGGGUUAGAGAAGUGGCAUUUAUCUUUGGAAGACGAGGAAGAAGUUAUGCACACAAUAAGUCUGGUCCUUGGUUCUGUUCCCAAUCUAGAAUUGAAGAGCAACUUAUUGGCUAAAUUGCUCUCGUCUAGCUAUGAUGCCAUUGGGAAACUUGUUGAUCCAGAAAACAACGGUUCUCUUAAACAGAAUCCUGCUUGUUAUACCCAAAUUUUGAAUGCUGCCUCUAGAGGAUUGCACAGAAUAGGAACUGUAUUCAGUCAUCUUUCAAUAUCUGUGGCAAAUGAACCUGUUGCUGAUGACUUGAUACUUUUACUGCUACGGGUUUUCUGGCCCGUCUUGGAGAAAAUUUUUACCUCCGAGUAUAUGGAGAGUGGCAAUUUAUCGAUAGCAGCUUGCCGAGCUCUUUCCUCAGCUAUUCAAUCUUCAGGUCAGCAUUUUAUGACCCUACUGCCCAAAGUGCUGGAUUGGCUAUCGACAAAUUUUGUUUUGUUCCAAAGUCAUGAGUGCUAUAUAAGAACUGCUUCUAUUGUCGUUGAAGAAUUUGGUCACCGAGAGGAGUAUGGACCUUUAUUUGUUACCAUGUUUGAAAGAUUUACUCAUUCAACUUCUGUAAUGGCUCUAAAUUCUUCCUACAUAUGUGACCAAGAACCUGACUUAGUGGAGGCAUACACCAAUUUUGCAUCCACAUUUAUUCGCUCCUGUAACAAGGAUGUUCUUUCAGUUUGUGGUUCUCUUCUUGAAGUUUCUAUUCAAAAAGCAGCUAUAUGCUGCACAGCCAUGCACCGUGGUGCUGCUCUAGCUGCAAUGUCGUAUUUGUCUUGUUUCUUAGAUGUGGGCCUUGUUUCUUUGUUAGAAUCUAUGAAUUGUAUUGCAGAGGGGUCAUCCAACACGACCACCAUUCAUGUCAUAUCCCACAGUGGUGAGGGACUUGUAUCUAAUGUGGUGUAUGCCUUACUCGGUGUGUCUGCAAUGUCACGUGUUCACAAGUGUGCAACAGUACUGCAGCAACUGGCAGCAAUUUGCACUUUAUCUGAAAGAACGUCAUGGAAACCUAUACUUUGCUGGCAAACUCUUAAUGGAUGGCUACAGUCAGCGGUCUCUCUCUUCUCUUUGCCUUUUUUCCUGCAUAUAUUGUUAUUAUGUUGCAUUUAAGUUUUGCUAUUUUAUUUGACUUGCCUUUAUCUAAAUCAGGGAGUUAGGGUUGGAUUUUCUUCUAAAUUUUCUGUGUUCUUGAGACUUGAAUCGUAAAAUGGUUGUGGUUUUCUUUUCCACCGUAUCAUAACAUUUUAUAUUUUAAUUACGAAUUGUUUGAUGAAUUGCUUCUUGCCUAGUCAACUGAGCUCUUUUUGGCUUCGUUUGACUGAACUUGAAUUGGCAGUUAAGUUUUUCCUAGAGGUUUACAGUCAAGAGAGUUGCAUGUGGUUGCAGUCAAUUGAAUAGGCUGCAAACAGUGAGGCAUAUUAUAGCCUCAUUCAUCAAAUUGAGAUAAGACCCAAAUAACAACAAGUUUAGUGUUAACUUUCUUAAUGUAUGAGCUAUAAGUCAGAGACGAACCUCAACUUGAGAGAAUGAUUAAAGUACAAAGAGCUAUAGUUGAUUGUGUCAAAACUCAGGAUUUCUUGAACUAGACUCUAUCAAACUUGAACAACGCCUCACUUGAUGAGUGGUUUAAUUUACCUCCUCCUAGACUUAAUAUAAGUCUUGCUGAAGCUGUAUAUAAAUAAUUAAAUACAAGCCGGGCAUGAAAUUAAUUUUGUGCUGGAUUAACGGACUGAUUACUGUUUGAAUGCAUAAACAAGGGCAGAGAACUGGGGAUAAAAAAAUGUGCAUGGAUAUGAAACUGUAACAAAUCUGCUUCAUAAUGUAUUUGUUAUUUCAUGCAUUUUUGUCAAAAAUCCAGGCAGGUCCUACAGAUUGAUCAACAGUGUAGCUUAGUUGGUGGCUAGCCCAGUUAUGUAUUUUGCUGUCUAUAUGGGCAUUGCGAUUUUAUGGGUCUGUGUUGUGCUAAGUUUGAUUGACCAUGUGAA